GCGCGAGCAGUCCGCCCCCGGGAAGCAGCUCGCGCGCCCGCUGGCCCGGACAGUCUCGCGUUCGGCGAUCGCGGGAGCGGGGGGCCCCGGCCGGCCCGGCCAGGCGAGGGGAGAGUCCGGCGGCCGCCUCCCCGCCCCACGCCCUCCCGCGGCGCCGAGAGCCCGGGGCCGGCCGGGGCAGGUCGCGGCUGAGCCUGAGAGCGGACCUCUAGCCCGCGUCCUCCGUGGCGUGGCCGUCUUUCUCAGCGCCUGGGGCUGAGGCGCGGGCCCGCGGAGGCCGCGCCCGCGUGUGCGCAGCGAACGAGGCCGGGGCACAAAGGCGGGCGGCGGGCGCCGGGGUCCGGCGGGCCGCGGAGGAGGGGCGGCGCCUCAUGAAUAUUAACCGAGCCGCGGCCUAGCGCGCCCCGCCGCGGGCCGAGCCGCCGAGCGGAGGAGCCCUAGCUACCCGCACGCGCCUGGGCCGCGCUUCCCGGGAGCCCGCGCCGGCGACCCGCCUCAGGAAGGGGCGGAGGAAAUAGUGGUAGGAAGGAUCUCCGAAAGCUGUCGCCAGAGCAGCCCAACUAGGAUUUUUCUCUGGCCUCCGAGUAGCGCCGCUUGGAAGUAGACCUCGCUGCACUUGGCCUCCACCCGGCCUGCCAGGGAAACCUGUCGCCCCUAUGCUUUAAGUCUGGAGAAAUGAAGAGGGCGAAGUCUGUGGAAGAGGACAUUUGAAGGGGCUUCCAGCAAAUCUUUCUUAUCUGGCACGUUGUUUGACCAGUCCCUACCCUGCAUCGAUCGCCCCAGAACCUGCUGUGGAAUUGGUCCCCUUUUGGUGUGUGGCGGCACCUCUCCAAUGUGGACUCCAAAGGAUUUGUCCCUUUACAGCGUGAAAUGAAAUGAUGGCCACACAUUGGACUGGUCUGCCUGAGGGAGAUGGUGACAAACUCAAGGCCUGUGGGGCCGCCUCUGCUUGUGAGGUGUCAAAAAAUAAAGAUGGAAAAGAACAAAGUGAAACCAUGUCACCAUCUGAAGAUGAACCGUUCUCCUGGCCAGGUCCCAAAACAGUUAUGUUGAAGAGAACAUCUCAAGGAUUCGGUUUUACAUUAAGACACUUCAUCGUUUAUCCCCCAGAGUCUGCAAUUCAGUUUUCAUAUAAGGAUGAAGAAAAUGGAAACAGAGGAGGAAAGCAAAGAAACCGACUGGAGCCGAUGGAUACCAUAUUUGUUAAGCAAGUGAAGGAAGGAGGGCCUGCCUCUGAGGCUGGAUUAUGCACAGGUGACCGUAUUAUAAAAGUCAAUGGAGAAAGUGUCAUAGGAAAGACCUAUUCCCAAGUAAUUGCUCUCAUUCAGAACAGUGACACCACACUGGAGCUCAGUGUUAUGCCAAAGGAUGAAGAUAUUCUCCAAGUGCUACAAUUUACAAAGGAUGCCACAGCGCUGGCGUACUCUCAAGAUGCCUACCUGAAAGGCAAUGAAGCUUACAGUGGUAAUGCCCGUAACAUCCCCGAGCCUCCGCCGGUUUGCUAUCCCUGGCUGCAGUCCACUCCUUCAGCUGCGGCACAGCCAGUUGACACGUCUCCUCCAGACUCAUUACCGAACAAACAGCAAACCAGUACACCAGUCCUGACACAACCUGGCAGGGCCUACAGAAUGGAAAUCCAAGUGCCUCCAUCACCAACAGAUGUUGCAAAGUCAAACACAGCAGUGUGUGUUUGCAAUGAAAGUGUGAGGACUGUCAUUGUGCCUUCUGAGAAGGUUGUAGACUUGCUAUCCAAUAGAAACAACCAUUCAGGUCCUUCGCAUAGAACUGAAGAAGUAAGGUAUGGUGUAAAUGAGCAGGCCUCUUCAAAAGCAGCAUCAAGAACCACGUCGCCAUCAUCAGUUCCCACUGCCCAUCUGAGUCAUCAGACCCCAGGCUCCAGAGUGUUGGAACCUUCUGGAAUUUUACUUAAAUCUGGAAAUUACAGUGGACAUUCAGAAGGAGUCUCAAGUAGCAGACCUCAGGCUGUGGAUUCUCCUUCUGUGUCUGUCAAUCACUAUUCCCCAAAUUCCCAUCAGCACAUAGACUGGAAAAAUUAUAAGACUUACAAAGAAUACAUUGAUAAUAGGAGAUUGCACAUAGGUUGUCGGACAAUUCAAGAAAGGUUGGACAGCUUACGAGCUGCAUCUCAGAGUGCAGCAGACUAUAACCAGGUGGUACCCACCCGCACUACUUUGCAGGUACGACGUCGAAGCACCUCUCAUGAUCGAGUGCCCCAGUCUGUUCAGAUCCGGCAGCGCAGUGUAUCUCAGGAAAGACUGGAAGAUUCUGUGCUGAUGAAGUAUUGCCCGAGAAGCGCAUCUCAAGGAGCGCUGACCUCCCCACCGGUUAGUUUUAGUAAUCACAGAACUCGUUCAUGGGAUUACAUCGAGGGACAGGGUGAGACCACAGCCGGCAUCAGUUCUGAAGGUCAAAUGCCCGACUCAAACGGGGAACGAAAACAGACGUAUAAGUGGAGUGGCUUCACUGAGCAAGAUGAUAGACGAGGUAUUUAUGAAAGACCCAGGCAGCAAGAAGUUCACAAGCCUUUCCGAGGUUCAGCUCUGACUGUGGCCCCUGUUGUUAAUUCUGAUAACAGGCGACUGAGCGGUAGAGGGGUGCAACCUGUCUCACAGUCUAAAAAAGUCCCACCAGACCUAAGACAGCCACAUCCCAACAGAAACUUUACAACUGCGAGUGCGGUGUCACUGCCUAGGGGUGUUUCACAAGACAGGUCCCCACUUGUGAAAGUCCGAAGUAAUUCUCUGAAAGCACCUUCUACUCCAGUCUCAAAACCAUCCUUCAGCCAGCACUCACUGGUUUCCACAAAAGACCAAAGGCCAGUCAAUCAUCUACAUCAACACGGUCCACUGAGUCAGCAGACAUGGUUCAGACCGGAAAACACCCUCAAUCACCAGCUGGGGACUGAGAUGUCCCCAUGUUUACCCGGAACUUCUGCUAAGACCGGCCCUCAGCUCAGUGAGAACUUGGGAACCUCAGACUUAGAAUUAUCUGCCAGUCCGAGGAAUGGAGAUUUAAACUUACAGGAGGCUGACAUUCAGCAGCCAGAUGUGCUAGAUAAUAAAGAGUCUGUCAUCCUAAGAGAAAAACCUCCAUCUGGUCGCCAGACGCCACAGCCUUUAAGACAUCAGUCUUACAUCUUGGCAGUGAACGACCAGGAAACCGGGUCAGACACUACCUGCUGGCUGCCAAAUGAUGCUCGCAGAGAGGUCCACAUAAAAAGGAUGGAGGAGAGGAAGGCUUCAAGCACCAGUCCGCCUGGUGAUUCCCUGGCUUCCAUCCCAUUUAUAGAUGAACCAACCAGUCCAAGCAUUGAUCAUGACAUGGCACACAUCCCUGCGUCCGCCGUCAUCUCGGCCUCCACCUCCCAGGUCCCCUCCAUAGCAACACUUCCUCCCAGCCUCGCAACUUCUGCUCCUUUGAUUCGACGUCAGCUCUCCCAUGACCAAGAAUCUGUUGGACCUCCCAGCUUGGAUGGCCAGCACAACUCAAAGACAGAAAGAUCAAAAUCCUAUGAUGAAGGGCUGGAUGAUUAUAGAGAAGAUGCAAAAUUGUCCUUUAAGCACGUGUCUAGCCUGAAGGGAAUCAAGAUCACAGACAGCCAGAAGUCAUCGGAAGACUCUGGAUCCAGAAAGGGAUCUUCCUCCGAGGUCUUCAGUGAUGCUGUCAAAGAAGGCUGGCUGCAGUUCCGACCCCUCGUCACAGACAAGGGCAAGCGUGUUGGUGGCAGCAUUAGGCCGUGGAAACAGAUGUAUGUUGUUCUUCGGGGCCAUUCACUUUACUUGUACAAAGACAGAAGAGAGCAGACAACACCAUCGGAGGAAGAGCAGCCCAUCAGUGUCAAUGCUUGCCUGAUAGACAUCUCGUACAGUGAGACCAAGAGGAGGAAUGUGUUCCGACUUACCACUUCCGACUGUGAAUGCCUGUUCCAGGCUGAAGACAGAGACGACAUGUUAGCAUGGAUCAAGACUAUCCAGGAAAGUAGCAACCUAAAUGAAGAGGACACUGGAGUUACCAACAGAGAUCUAAUUAGUCGAAGAAUCAAAGAAUAUAACAGUCUGAUGAGCAAAACAGAACAGUUGCCAAAAACACCUCGCCAGAGUCUGAGCAUCAGGCAGACUUUGCUUGGGGCUAAAUCAGAGCCAAAGACUCAAAGCCCACAUUCUCCAAAGGAGGAGUCAGAGAGGAAGCUUCUCAGCAGAGAUGAUACCAGUCCACCCAAAGACAAAGGCACUUGGAGAAGAGGCAUUCCAAGCAUUGUGAGGAAGACAUUUGAGAAAAAGCCAGCUGCCACAGGGACCUUCGGAGUUAGGCUGGAUGACUGCCCACCUGCCCACACCAACCGGUAUAUUCCAUUAAUCGUUGACAUAUGCUGCAAAUUAGUUGAAGAAAGGGGUCUUGAAUAUACAGGUAUUUACAGAGUUCCUGGGAACAACGCAGCCAUUUCAAGCAUGCAGGAAGAGCUCAACAAGGGGAUGGCUGACAUUGAUAUACAAGAUGAUAAAUGGCGAGAUCUGAAUGUGAUAAGCAGUUUACUAAAAUCCUUCUUCAGGAAGCUCCCUGAGCCUCUCUUCACAAAUGAUAAAUAUGCCGACUUUAUUGAGGCCAAUCGUAAGGAAGACCCUCUCGAUCGGCUGAGGACAUUAAAAAGACUAAUCCAUGAUCUGCCUGAACAUCAUUACGAAACACUUAAGUUUCUUUCGGCUCAUCUGAAGACGGUGGCAGAAAAUUCAGAAAAAAAUAAGAUGGAACCAAGAAACCUAGCAAUCGUUUUUGGUCCAACUCUAGUGAGAACAUCCGAAGACAACAUGACCCACAUGGUCACGCACAUGCCAGACCAGUACAAAAUCGUAGAGACUCUCAUCCAGCACCAUGACUGGUUUUUCACAGAAGAGGGUGCUGAAGAACCUCUCACAGCAGUGCAGGAGGAGAGCACAGUAGACUCCCAGCCAGUACCAAACAUAGAUCAUUUGCUCACCAACAUUGGAAGGACAGGCGUGCUCCCUGGAGAUGUAUCAGAUUCAGCCACUAGUGACUCAACAAAAUCUAAGGGCUCUUGGGGAUCGGGGAAGGAUCAGUAUAGCAGGGAACUGCUUGUGUCCUCCAUCUUCGCAGCUGCUAGUCGUAAGAGGAAAAAGCCCAAAGAGAAAGCCCAGCCCAGCAGCUCUGAAGAUGAGCUGGACAGUGUGUUUUUUAAGAAGGAGAAUGUGGAACAGAGUCACAGUGAAAUUAAAGAGGAGUCCAAAAGAGAAGGGGAGACAUCAGGCAGAAAGCAGAGGAAUGUCCUUGGCAAAGACAGUAAUGCCAAGAAAGACACGGGUGCAGCAAAGGAGGAGAAGAAGACGCCAUCCGAAGAACCUUCCCCACCACACAGCUCCAAACGCAACAAGUCACCAACUCUCAGCUGUCGCCUGGCGGUGCUGAAGGAGAGCCCCAGAUCACUUCUGACACAGAAGCCCCACUGCGAAGAAACAGGGUCUGACUCGGGUACUCUCCUUAGCCUGUCUUCCCAGGCUUCACUGGCCAGGUCCUCCACUAAACAAUCAACCAGUCCAGAAACCAAGCACAGUGAGUUUCUGACCAAUGCCAGCACCAUCACCUCGGAUUAUUCUACCACAUCAUCAGCUACCUACUUGACCAGCCUGGACUCCAGCCGUCUGAGCCCCGAGGUGCAGUCAGUGGCAGAGAGCAAGGGGGACGAGGCUGAUGACGAGAGGAGCGAGCUGGUGAGUGAAGGGAGGCCGGUGGAGACGGACAGUGAGAGCGAGUUCCCGGUGUUCCCUACCGCCCUGACUUCAGACCGGCUGUUCCGAGGGAAGCUACAGGAGGUUGCCAGGGUGAGCCGCAGGAACUCGGAAGGGAGUGAAGCCAGCUGCACCGAGGGAAGCCUCACCCCGAGUUUAGACAGCCGUAAGCAGCAGUUCAGCUCCCACAGGCUCAUCGAAUGUGACACGCUGUCCAGGAAGAAGUCUGCUCGCUUCAAGUCAGACAGUGGGAUCCCCGGAGACACCAGGACCGAGAAAGAAACUCCUGCCCUGGCCAAAGUGUUUGACGUCAUGAAGAAGGGCAAGUCGACAGGGAGCCUCCUGACACCCAGCAGAAGUGAAUCCGAAAAGCAGGAGGCCACUUGGAAAACAAAAAUAGCAGAUCGCUUAAAACUGAGACCUAGAGCACCCGCUGACGACAUGUUCGGAGUUGGGAAUCAAAAACCUACUGCCGAGACGGGGAAAAGAAAAAACAUCAAACGCAGACACACACUUGGAGGCCACAGAGAUGCUGCUGAAAUCAGCGUCCUGAGUUUCUGGAAAGCGCACGAACAGAAUGCAGACAAAGAGUCCGAACUUUCAGCGGUGAAUCGGUUAAAACCCAAGUGCUUGGCCCAGGACCUCUCCAUCUCAGACUGGCUCGCCAGGGAGCGCAUCCGCACCAGCGCCUCCGACCUGAGCCGAGGCGAAGGUCGUGAGUCACAGGCCGAGAGCCCCAGUGUGCUGGGAACACCUGCCAGCACCCAUGCACCACUCCCUCAGCAGCCUGAAGGCAGGGGUGAUGCCGGCACCUUGGCUUCAACCAGCAGGCCCCCUCUCUCCACACCACCACAGUCACCUGACCAAAUAAAUGGGGGAAGCUUCCAGAACGUGAGCCAAAAUGCUAGUUCUGCAGCCAACACCCACCCUCACAAACUGUCUGCAAGUCCCGGCACUAAAGCAGAGUCUCCUCCCUGUCUUUAAGCUGGGUAUAUCCACUCUAGCAAGAAAAAGCUACUGUUACACAGUCCAGUAACUCUGUAAAUAUUUUUCUUGUACCAGAAUUGUUAUUGUGCAGCCUUGGUUUGGGCUGGAUUCACCACUUUGCACUGUGAAAUAGCUUUACAGUGCAUUACUACAGCCAGAAGAACACACAUAUAUAUUUAAAAGUAUAUCAGAUAGUUGUAUACAAAUAAGCAAGGUGUUUGUUGCAACUUACUACAUAGUAUAUUCCCCAAAUUACUGAAGAAAAAUCGCUGGCUCAUGCAGCAGAAUUGUUCUUUUGGUUCCUCACUAACAAAAGUGCCUCAUGAUAAAAGUACAUUUGAUUUUUUAGGGUGCCAUAUUGUUGAAAUUAGAUAACUUACAUUGAAUAAAUGAAUGCGUUUAUCCGUAACAAAUUUCAUUACAUUUACCAGUUUUAACACAGGUGGAUACAAACUUCCAUUCUUUAGUCAUUCCAGGUGGAUCUGAGUUUUAUAUUCAAACUUUUAAUACAGUUUUUGAGUUUUGUGUGACUUGAAUUUUUAAUCUUUCUGUAAAAUACAUAAUAACUUAAAUGAACAUAUUCUAUGUGUAUCUUUUCUUCAGAUACCAGAUUUGAUAUAAAUGUUGUAACAUAGGUGUGUAGAUAGUGGAUCCUGGAUGGAACUGGCUUCUUACUGAAAAGAAUAUAAUUCUGCAUGAGGACUUAAAUCCAAACCUGUGUCAUGCCUGUGUGCAUACCCAAUUAAACACUGGAAAUAAAAAUUGUUUUGGUGAACUUGGCA